CACGACUUGGGUCUCUCUCUCUGGCAAUUUUCAAAACGCUGGCGCGGCCACGGUGAAGAAAUUGUUUGCACGAGCGCGCUCCUCCGUUCUGGAACUUGUAGAAAUACUACAUGUGUCUUGCAUCCUUUUCUGGCGCACGUCUUGCCGCUUGCACCACACAUUUUUGGCGCGUUCACUCUAGCUGACAAGUAAACGUCUGGAAAGGCCCUCGUCCACGUUUUGUUUGGCUUCGGUCCUCUGUCAUCCGUCUUCUGUAACUCUAGAAGAAACUGUCGCGCAGGCGGAGAACUCGUGCAACAAUCGGGAAAUCCGCGCGUGUCACGGCUUCCCUGCAAGGGCUGGUCUGGUUUCUUCCGGGCGCCGUUGCACGAGCACUAGCCCCCGUUGUCGCAAUGCCUCUGAGAUGUUCAGAAAUCUGUGUUUGCCGUGCUCUUUGAGGAAAAUGAGGCUCGUUUAAAGAAGAAACAGACGGCUCGUGGGAACUUUUGCGAGCGCGCGAAACGCCAAGCCCGAAAAAAAGCCGUCCAGCCAACGCUUGAGCUCGAAAACGACUUCCUUGGAUUCCAUGGUCGUCCUGAUAAUCCGCUUUCUCUUCGUCCAGAGUUUCAAGGAAAGCAGUAAGCCCCUAAAGCCCAAUGAGAACGAAAUCCUUUCCUGCUUUGUAGAAAAUCGGUUCGUUUGUGUGCACGAGAACGCGUGGCCCGCAAGCAGCCACCUUGGAUAUGUUUUCGCUUCGUGGACGAAACAUUAGCCGUUGUGGCGACGCGACGUUUACUCGAUCUCACCGCUGUUCUGUGAGACUGCCGCAACCGUGCGGUGUGGUUGCUGUCUGCUCUGAUGUUUUCGUCUUUCGAAGGAAAAUUUGUGUUGUACAGAAGCUAAAGGGUACCUGGCGGUGGAUUCCGCUUUCAUUCAGUUCAGUGACAACUUUUCAAAAAGAGCGCGAGAACAGCGUCAACUCGCUUGAACAGUCGAGGAGCCCGCGAUGGGAAAGCGAGUCACCUCGACCACUUGCUUCACGGACGUGCCCAUCGGCGACAGAAACGUCUUACGUCCCCCAUAUAGUGGCUUUCAUCUGGAAGGGCCUUCACAUUUAGCGCGCGUUCUCUCCCAUUGAGUGGUCUUGUCGACUACGUAUCACCGUCAUCGAGCUCGUCUAGCUCCAGGAGCGCGUGCACAGGCACGAAAGAGCUACGCGUCCCCUUCACCUGGUCGAUCCGAAAAACAGCGGAUUUCCUUGGCGCAUUUCGAGAGAGUGUGUGUUCAGCGCACCUCUCGUUUUUCGUCUUAUGUAGUUCUGUUUACUGCAGCCGUGUCGUUAAAUGUCUUCGUACAUUCGUUGCGUAUCUCCUCGUUUCUUCUGCAGUAGAACUCUGAGUAGCUUCUCUCAGCGAGUUUUCGUCUCAGCGACCCAAAGGGCGCUGCUUCGUCUCCAGUGCCUGUACGACACGUCAUUUUCUCUGCCCCUUCCUCCAUUUCUUCCACAAUCCUUGGCAUAAUUCUUGUAGACUCAGCGGGGAAGCUGUGCGCGGACUUCUCGCGCUCGUUUCGCCUCCGUUUCAAAGUCCCAGUAGAAUGAGUGACAACUGAUGGCUAGAUUCCUUUCCGGCCUUUCGGAGCGAGUCGUCUCGCGCCUUUACUUUCGUCCUCCUGAUUGUUGGCGUCGCGCCUAGACUGCCCUUCAAAUUGUUUAGUUUCCAAAGACUUGACAUUGCUUUGCAGCUAUUUGUCUCUCAUCUUGGAGAACCGAUACGAAACGUUCAUGCCUUCCGACUUUUCGCCCCAAUCGCGUUCUCCGCCCUUGUGAUCCCUCGUUAAAAGGCUUGAAGCAGUCGCUGAGCGUUCUUGCGUUCUACGCAUUCUCCCGCAUCACCCUGCCUUCGUCGUCCGAUUUUCAGACUAUGUUGACAGUGUCAAACAGCCCGUCGGACAUGCCGAGCACUCCGAUGAGGAGUGCGGGAAGUCAGGCCGCCCAUGUUUCGCCACUGUCGACUCCGACAGGCAGAGUUGGAGACAAGUCCGCGCAUGUGUGGAGCAACAGCGGCAGUGGGUCAGGCGUCGAGGAUGGCGUCGCUUCGUAUGAGGGCGGCCACCAAUCCGGUUCCGUUACGGCGCAUCAGAAGCGUUUCAGGGCGCAGAGUCGCAACAUCUCGAGCGCAAAAAGCGGCUCGACCAAGAAAGGCUCCUCCAGCGCGGCGGCCGAGAGCUCGGGGACUCAUAUUGUUCGCGGCCUUCUCGCAGCGGCGAACGCUUGCCAGAACAGUGGCGCGUGUUGGCCAGACAAUCGAGUUCUUCAGUUCGGGGCCGGCGGCGCGUCUGCCAGUGGUGCGUUGAACGCUGUCGUCUCAGACCCGCGCUUCUUUCUGCAUGCGAAGACGCCCGAAUCCAUGUGCAAGAACGGAAGCGCCUCCCAGCCGGUCUGCGGGACAGGAAGCACGCGAGUCGGCACGCACCUCACCACUCCCGGAAGCUCUCAACACCCCAUGGAACUCCAUGGUGGAGUGCCUAGCGACUCGGCCGUCGGAGCAGUUCGCCGCGCACUGGAUCAGUGGUUCGGAGUUAGCAGCAGCGGCUCGGACUCUGGCGCCGGCGGAUCCGUCCCCGGUUUGGGAAGCUCUCGGAACCACCUCAUCACAGAGGCGAUGCUUGCUGGCAGCGUCGCGGCGCUCGGCGCGGCGGAUUCUGCAGGAAGCUGGCCCCCUGUGCCCUUCUUGGGUGGCGCAAACACAGCAAGGGGAGACCGUGCCACCGCAAGUCCUCCCGCCUCCGUCGCUGGCGCUUGUUCAGGCACCUCCGUAUCCUGUCGGAGCUUCUGCCGAGGCGCAUCCUGCGAACCCAGCAAGAAAUCCACCGAUGCAUCCAAGCACGCUGCUGGGUCCACUCAAACGCACGCCAAGUCCUCCGAUGUCAGCCUUUCAGGUCUCUCAUCCUCGCAAGGCAGUGUGUCCUCCACCAAGAGAAGCACGCAGACAAAAGCUGGCCCGAAGGUGGCAGCAGAGAGUGGUGUCGUCCCGACAAUUGAGGCGGGCAGCUUGCCGCUUUACCGAGGUCCUGAUCCGCUUCCCACGUGCUUGUAUCGGCGCCUAUAUGACCCUUUGGGGCCGGUCAUGUUUUCCUUUCCGCCUCUCCAAGGGGCGCAGCAUGCGCGCGCUGAGAUUCGCUUGUGGCCGCGAGACGUGGACCGCGUGAUUUCGCAAAACAGCAGCAAACGCAAAGUUCACAGGGCCGUCUGGCUGUCUCCGGUUGAGCCGAAGAUCGCAUUUCCUGUCGCGCUGAAGUUUGUCGAAGACGGAAACAUUCGCGACGGCCGGAGCAUCAAGCGCGAAAUCGAGUGUCAUCUGUACAUCUAUCAGCGCCUGGGUCAGCUGAUGGCAGGCAAGACGUACAACAGGUUGGAGGACGCCUGGCCGUGCGCUGAAAUGUUUGGAUACUACUUGGACAAGAAGAAUCCGGGAAUGUCUGUUUUGGUGACGCGGAAACUGUCCGGCCCUGAUUUCUUCGACGUGAUCCGAACCGAGCACACUUCCACUUUCAAUGCCCGCACAGCGCUUUUGUACGAACAGCAUAAGUUGCAGUGGUGUCUGCUGGCCAUGGAACGCAUUGCGCAGUAUGGUCGCCUGGGAAUUCGCCACAACGAUAUCAAGCCAGACAACAUUGUGCUGGACUUCUACGCCACUCCUGACUCGAACGAGCGUCUCCUCGACGUGAAGCUCAUCGACCUCGGGACCGCGUCAAUGCAGCAUGCGAAGGAUUUUACUGGAGGGACGUCGUGGUACGAGUCUCCGGAGCAGAAGGUUCUGGAGUUCCACACAAAGAAGCAGCGAAACUUGGAGGCAGCAAAGCAGAUCGACAUUGGUCUGCCGUCCGAUGCCUGGGGCGCGGGACUCUCGAUUACAGAAGUCCUCAUGGGUCGUCGCGUGGUAGAUGUCAUGAAGCCGCCACUCGGGCCGGGCCCUCUGGAUUUCCGCGGAGCUGAAGGUUGGGCUGUGGAGCCUAAAGACUGGGUUCACUGCGCCCGUCAGGCUCUGGGUCUUGACCGCGAGCAUCAGCGCUUCCCGCUGUGUGCCGAGGCAGCCCGCCUUGUCUUCUCCAUGCUUGUGCGCCCUAAGCCGGCGAUGCGCGCCACCGUCGAAGACGUCCUUCCUCAUCUCCGGCUCUUCGCAGACGAAGCGACUUUCCAGGCGAUGAGAAAGUACCAGGAGCCAGCUCCUGAAACGAGCAGCGGCUCGAUGCGAGGGUCUUGCGUCGCGUCAUUCUCGCACCAGUCCUGAGUGAUGGCUAAGGCUCUGUGAUGCCCGACGCCAGAUCUACAGCCGAGGGCGGCACCCCACAGAGAGAACGGAGGAAAGGACCUGUUGAUGAACGUUUUCAUGUGUUUUUGUUAGGGAGACUAUAUGUAGGUAUCAUCAAGCAAGGCGCAAGCGAAUCCCGUGUGACGCGUGCGCACACUCGUUCUCUAGUAGCUCGCUCCCUCUGUAGCGAAAAAACAGUAGACGCAAAGGACCGAAGCAAUGAAAAAAGUCGCUGCGGUGACAAGGCAAGCAGGAGGCCCUAGACCUACAUGGAAGGGCGCAGCCACGGAGGUCCAGAGUGUGGAGCUAAAAGAGAUGAGAAGGAUGGCUGGCGCCAUGCUCGUCAGAAGCGCGUGGGCAUAUAUUUGGAGUCGCAUUGAGAUGCUCCAGCGAUUCAAGGGGUACGCAAUGCAGAGACUCUGGACAUACUGAUGAUGACGAUUUUCCGGUUUCGGGGAACAACAAGGAUCCGACGAAAGGGAUCGGUCAGCAAAGAGCGAAGGAGUUUCGCGACGAACUAACUGUCGAAGGAAAGUGGCAGUCUUUUUUCACCAGCAGUUCCCUUGUAUAGACUCUUCAUUCGAUGUCGCUUGCCUAGCAAAACAAAGACUACACACUCAACUGCUUGGGAAUAACCUACGGUGUCUAAUGCACUACUGCAGGGAUCAUAAACAACGGUGUUCACUGUACGUUCUUCGCAACGUUUACAAAUGUAGUCGGUUUCCUUUUGGCGAACUCAGUUUUCAGCUUGUCUCAUCUCGAUGCCCCUUACUAAAGAUGUCCGUCUUUGUGCUUUUAUGUCUCGCACCAGUCACACUUUCGGGGAUAUGUACAUGCUGCGCCAUUAAUAAAGAGGGAAUUUCUGAACAAACGGCUCUUGUGUAUUUGCUUUCGUCUUCGUACCUCAAACGAAUACAACAAUCUACGCGUGCAUACCAUCUCGUUUCUUUGCGGGCUCUUGGUCAGGUGGGCUCGCGGAUUCGGGAGAUCGUUCCAUGUAUGUAUGUGCUUGGUGUCAGCUGGCCAUGCAUGUAUCCAUAUUUUCUUGAGCAUAUUUCAGCCUACAUGGUUUCUGAAAAAUGUAUUGUGAUUUUUCAGAGAAGGAUAUAUAUAUAUAUAUAUAUAUAUAUUUCUUGUCGCCGGUGUGUCUGGCACCGUUGCAAAUGAAUUGCAAGGUUCUUGUCUAUCCGCAAAUGUUAUCUCGUUCUUCGUUGUUCUUUCUUCGCUACUGGGACGAAUUCUUGACAUUCGCUUGGGUUUUGCUCUCAAGCGGCUUUAUGAGAGAAACUAAUUUUUUUUAACGCUAUGAAAAUGAAAAUCAGUUCUUGCAGGUCGUGCGGCUCUUGCGGGGCCUCUCAGUCAUUUUCAUGUUGUUUACUUCACUGGUGGAUUUGCACACCGAAGAGGAGGGGAUAUACACGUUUGUGCAUUCGCUUUUCACAGCAAUGGCUCUUAGGAAUUGCAUUCGCUCGGAACCCUUUUAUGUAUACCCUCUUAGCUAUUGUACUUCCAAAUCGUACGCAGUGAUAAUGAACUCGUGCCUUCUACCAUCUGAAUAGUUGUAGUGUGGUACGAAACAGCAGCACUGUGGAAUAAAAGAGGCAUGCCAGUCACUCACGAACCAACUGCGGGUUUUCAUCCCUUUGUCAGCAUUUCCUACUCUGUUUUUCCUAAGCUGCCCAAACUUCUGUGGCAGUCCAUUCACGCAGGUAACGGCGUUUUCGAU